UCGGCUUUCGAGCGUUUCAGUCGCGAGUUCGGAUCGAAAAGGACACUGGACGAGUGCAGAGCGUUCCAAGUGAAUGAAUGGGGAAACCAAAUGCCAGCGAGAUCAAAAAUAAUAAAAAAAAAGAAAAAUGCAAAUAUUAAACAGAUAUAAAGCCGAGAGCCCCAAAUGAACCAACGUAUUAAGAGCCCUAAUCGUAAGCGAAAGGCGAACCAAGUUUUGUAGCAUACUUUUUUGGGUUUACGUCAUGUUUGUCUACGCGAACCGCCAUUUGUGCUUGUGUGCUUGAGUCCGCACACAAACACGCACACCAUUAUGUCGCCUGUAUUCGUGCCUGUGUCUGUGCCUGUGUUUGUGUUUGCAUUGGUGUCUGUGGGCCAGAAUGCAUGCCAAUCAGUAUCAGAAUCAGAGUCCUAAAUCCUGAGUCCUGAGUCCUGAAACCUGAAUCAUCGACUGUCCAAACAUCGUGCAUUGCUUUUAUCCGCCUGGGCUAAUUAGCUGCAGGUAACAGGUAGCUGGUCCUUGUGCCGUUUUACCUUCAAGCUAAGCAAAAACGUAGUAAAUGAACAAACGAAAAAAAAAAUAGCAUCAAAAAUCAAAAGUCCAAAUCAAAACAAGACAAACAUAAAUGUAAAUUGGUAUGCAAAUAAACUUAACCAUAAUUGCCGAUGCAACAACAACAACAACAACAACAGAUCAAACAAAUACAACAGCAACAAUAAAAACUACAAUAACAACAACAACAGCAACAACAAGAACAGAGUUACUGCAACAAGAAAAGCAACAACAACCGCUGCUAGUAGAUAUAUAAAAAAAAAACCGUACAACAUUUAUGUAAAACUUACAUACAUUUUUUGUCGAGGCACCCCAGCAAAGUAAUAUUUUGCAACGUAGACUCUUAGGCGUCGCACACAAAAACAACCCAAGAACACAACAGCAACAUCUGCAACAUCAGCAACCAGAGCAAAAUACAACAUCCAUCCGAAAUCGCAAACAUCCAACAAUCCACCAUCGCCACCACCACGAACCACAUGAGCCUGAACAAGAUCAAGAAGCGGGACGCGAGCGACUUAUGACUGAUGCGCUCCAAGGGCAACGUCGGCGUCGGCGUUGGGGUCAACGUCGGCGUCGCCGUUGGCAGCGGCAGCCGGUACAAGGUGACGGCCCGCUGUGUGCCCGAAGUGAGCAUCACGUCGCCGACGACAGCAACCGGCUCCAUCCAGCCCAAGCACUUUGCCCUGCUCCGCAGUCGCUCGCAACCUUCGCCGCCGACGUCUAACAUCCUUUUCUCCACGCCAGGCGGGGCCACUCUGGUCGAAGAGGAGGAUUUCAGCUUGGCCAGCGGCAGUGGUACAGCGGUUAAGAACGUGCUUCAGCGCCAGCUGGCAACCACCGUUCAGCAGGAGGAUCCGGAUCUGGAGCAUUCCGCGCAGGAGCAGCACACUAAGUUGUCCGAGCCGGCGGAACCGCCCAAUGAGCUAACGCCGUUGGUGGAGGAGCCCGGCUCUAUAGCGCCAACCACAUCGACCCAGCGUUAUAGCCACAACUCCAAGACCACUCGCUCCUGGCCAGUCAUCUACCGGAAUCCACAUCACUGCGACUACGAGGCCUUGUACGUGCAACAGCAGCAGCAACAGCAGAGCUUCAAGCAAAACUGCUACUCGAAUCAGUUUAAGCAGUCCAUCGUCUACUCCAGCAGCAAUGAGGAGUUGCCCGGCGGCGAGCCGGUAGCCUCGAGUUCCGUCGAUAACCGCCAGACGACGUGCUACUACUUUGCACCCAGCCGGCACAACAGCAUUUAUGAGCACCCCUCCUCGGUGGUUGGAGGAUCCCUGCAGUUUGAUAAUCCAACGACCACAGCAGCAGCGGCGGCGGCAGUCGAGAGUCUAAGGCGGAGCAACAGCAUCCUGUUGCGACAGAACAGCUGCGCCAAGGUCAUUCAGCGUCGGGGCAGCGGUAGUGGUUCACCCAACUCACUGGGCUCCCAGAUGGAGGGUCUGGGAAUGGGCAUGGGCGGUAGGGGAGGCGGCAGCACCUGUUGCUCCAGCUGCUGCAUGGGCCCGCCGCCGGUGCUCUUCCUGUUCGUCACUCUGCUGAUGACUACAAGCGCCACAGCCAUGCUGUGCGCUGCCAUCAUGACUGAUCACUGGGAGCACGUUACAUGGGACCGCAACAGCCUUGAUCGCUACUCCAAUCGAUCGGGACUGCAUCUGGAGUGGCUUCUCGACGACCAGGUGGCUAUGCUCAAGCCGGACAAGAGGGCCGAUCAUCGCUUUCGGCGCGACUCUGUUUUCCUGGUGCCCAUGCACGGCGGCAUCUGGACACUGUGCAUUGAUCUGCCCAUUCAGCAGCUGCAGGAACUGCGGCGCAACCCCAAGUUCCCACGCGGUGCUCCUCCGUGUGUAAACUACCUGGCCGGCUCAAUGGAAAACGCACGAGGCGAGGAGCAGCGCAACGACUGGCAGCACAGUGAGUCACAGGUCACUCUGCAGCCGCAUCUGAGUACGUAUUCAGGGGCAGCCGGUUUGUUAAUCCCAGUCCCAGAUCCACAUCCGCUCUACUAACUUUCUGGGGGAAAUCUCCCGUAUUUAUUGUGUACACUUUUUGCCUUCCUACUUAGUUUUUCUUUUAAUACAAAACAUUAUUUUAUGUACGCACUUAGCACUAAUUGUGAUUGUAAACUUACAGACUUACAGAGAAUUUUGGUAGAAAACAGCAAACAAGUAGCAUAAAUAUGUAGGUUCGAGGUAUAGGACAGUUGAAUGGUGUUUAAUGCGUGUGGGUUGGUUUAAGUAGCCGAUGAGUGUGGUGUAUUUUAAGGGCUUGGUUGUGAGUGGGUGCUGGUGUGCCACUGGGCAACUGGAAUGAUUCCCCUAGACGGCGGCACGCUUGGCCGGCGAGCACAGGGCCUCAGCCUCCGAGCUGGGAUCCUCCGGCUUCUUGCGCUUGAUCAAAUGUGUGAUGUCUGUGGGCUUGGCCGAACUGCUGCUAAUGGUCGAUGAGGAGGCCGCCGCAGCACCUUUGGAGGAGGACGACGAAGAGCUGGCGGCUCCAUUGGCUGACGACGACGACGAGGAGGAGGCAGCAGCUGCAUCACCACUGCUCAUUGGCUUGAUGUAGCUAUCCAGGGCAGCUCGCACUUCAGCAAUGGUCUAAGAGAAUAACCGAUUUUUUAUAGAUAAUCUAAAAAUUAAGUUGACCAAUAUUUAUUUACCUGGGCCUGCAUCUCUUCGAUUUCCUGGAUCUUGGCCAAAAUCUCCUGCUUAGUUUCCUCCAAAUCCAACAUAUUGUUUCUGUCGCGCUCGCUAGGUUCGUCCUUGCCCUUAAUCUCGGCGAUUUCCUCCUCGAUCAACACGCUUGAUUGACGCAGUGCUGUCGCUCCUUCCUUGUUGAGUUGCUGCAUCAAAUAGGUCAGCCCGAUCUUGUAAUGCAACUCGGCCAAAGCACGUCGGUUUCUUGUGGGCAGCUCUCCGUGGAUCUUCAGUGCUUUCUCUAAAAUGUAAGAUGUACAUUAGUUACAGUACCGAUUACACAAUAUGUAUUUGUGAACUCACCAUAAUCUUCGCGUGCCGCCUCUAGUAUUCCAUUCUCAAACUCAAUGUUAGCCAGCUCAGUCUGAACCUCAGCCAAGUAGGGGAGUCCACUGAGCCCUUGGCGCGAGAAGAUCUGAGCAGCCGCCUCUAGAAUUUCCCAGGCCAACUGCAAACUUCCGCUAACUCCUUCCUCUUCUUCGGGUUCUUCCUCUACAGCAGGUGCUGCACCAUUGGAACAACUAGCUGUGACCUCACCAUUCGAUGUGCUCGGUCGCUCGUCAUCGUUGACGGCAGCUCCGCCACCGCCAUUGCUGCUGCUGACCUCAUCCACGCCGGUCGGUACCUUCUUAGAGGGCUUUUCAUCACUUUGAGCUUGCUCGGCUUCCCCGGUAGAGUCUGCCUCAUCGGACCCUUCCUUGAUGGUGUCCAGUUCCUUGCCGUUAGAGCUGCUUGCACCAUUUGCUGCCUCCUUGGUGUCUUUCUUUUCCUCCUUCUUAGCCGCUCCAUCUUCGGCACUUUCUUCCUCGUCGUCGUCCACAUCCUCGUCAUCAUCAUCGGCAGCCUCGUCAGGCACAUCAAUCACUUUGUUCUCGUCCAAGGCCAUUGCAAUUAAUGCCUUUGCAUAGCUGCAUUGAAAGUAAAGGAUUAGGGAGGGUUUCAUACAAAACUUAUGCAAAGCAACAUAUUUCUACAAUUUAUAAAAUUAGGGGUCUUUUAGUGCCCAUGCUGCAUCAUACUCACAGCAAUAGGGGCUGACCCAGCUCAUCGGCCAGUUCCCCGUAGACUUCCUCGUACAGUUGGCACACCUGGCUCAGCUCGUCAGCUGCCUCGUCGUAGCUCUUGACCAGGAAGUUGCGCGAUCCCUGGCUGAACAGCUCCUUGCCUUUAAGUAUUUUCUCUGCCCGUUCCUGCUCUGCCUUUCCGCUUCCCUCGGUGGACACAGCCGGAGCAUUGUCCGGAGUUGUAUCAGCAGCAACGGGCUCCACAGCCACUGUCUUGCUUGGGGAUGAUACAUCGGCAGUUGCCGUUGUGACGAUUGCUUCGGCUUCAGCAGACAUUUUGAGUUGUUAAAUAAAUAGCUGAAAAAAAUUGUAUUGAAAAUAACGAUUAAUUAAGUAAUGAAAACAGUUUAUAGCCUAGGGUCUGUCUGUAGUCUGUUGUGUUUACAAGCUUUAAUUAAUUUUAUCUUCACCAUCCUAAAUGCUUUAAGUUUAUGUAUUAUCCCCUCAUUCCACACUCCAAUAUUCCUCGUAGGUUGAGCCCUAGACGUCACUUUCGAUGUAUGUAGAAGACCACAAAUAUUAAUUUUGUUUUCCACAAAUUCAUGUAAAUUCUAUUAAUACGCACCAGCACGAGCUUUGAGCACCCAGCCGCCACCUGAUUCACCCAGAUUCAUUUCACUUGGCUUAAAAUUUUAGCUUCAAGCCAGCGCACAUUUCACAAGUCAUUACCGCAAAUCCCAUUUGCAGCAGCUCAAAGAUGUGGGUUCCAACCAAUCCCCGGAGCACAUCAGAUGGAAAAACAAUAGCAAAAGCCAGGGACCAACAAUGGCCGGGAACGGGAACAUGGACAGGAACAAUGAGUGUCCUUGUAGCGUCUAUAUAAAGUAAUUACCACAGCAACUAACCGAGCUUGCAUCCGUUUUUCUAUAUUGUCAAUACUGGUCGGUCUUUCGCUCCCCGAAGAUGAAACAUGUCCGUGUCGAGAGAUCCUUGCCGAUGGUUGUUUAGCUAAAGGCGGGGGUCCGGGGGGGCUUCCAAUAUGGGUCAACGUGUGGCUUGGUUGCCUUAUCCCCUCCCGCCUGCGUUCUUCAAAUCGCAAUUGCCACUUUGGAACUUUUUGCUGUAGUUGUGUUGGUGUUCCUGUGCAACCAAACAUAUCCACCCACAUGCGAUUUGAUUGCCAUGGUGCUAUUGGGUAAUUGGUUUUACAGUUGCCCAGAUUGUGAGCGGAAAUUGGAGUACUGAGCUGGGCCACAAUGAAUUUGCAAAUGCAAUUAGGUUUGACAAAUUCAUGAAAAUCUUGUUUUUCCAGAGAAAACAACUUAAAUCUUGUCAAUGCAAGAUGCAUUUGUAGCACUAGUUGUAAUCCUUAUCCUCUGCUAAUACAUUUUCACAAUGCUAUGCUCUCGCUUAUCAUCCCUACACUCUGUAAGAAGUCCAAGUUUCCAAGAUAUUCGAACAUUUAAAAACUUUUUCUAAUGAAAUGGUAAUCUGCGAUAGGAAUGCAAAACCUCUCCAUAUCCUGCUCAUUGGUCUGCCUCAUCAUUCUGGGUAGUGCCGCCCUUGUGGGCGCCUUUGGCGUCUGCCAGCGCCAAAUCAGCGCCAUUUUAAUCACAGGAGUGAUGUAUUUACUGGCGGCGCUCUUUGCCCUCUUCACGCUCAUGAUCAUUCACUUCAAGCGGCAGCAGGGACGUCCCAUGCUGGACAGCGACUACGAUGGCACGGUGGAUGGAAUAGUGGCGCGACCAGGAGGCGUGGCCAUAAUGGCCAAGCCGCUGCUGGGAGCACGCAUCUUCCUCACCUCGUGGAGCCUCGACUUGGGAUGGGGCGGUGUGGUGCUCUGCGCCAUCACCUCGGUACUGUGGAUCCUGCUCUCCAAAAUCAUGCGGUACAACCCCUUCUCGGCGCUCAUGAUUUAGCUAAACGCCUUGCCGCUCGGCGUCUACGGAGCCAGCUACGGGAGUCUGGGCAGCUGUGAGAGCUACGGCAGCUACGGGAGCACCCACACCCACAGCGGCACCAGUAGUGGCGGCAGCUCCAGUUUCCUCCUGGCGGCGGUCUCGUCGACGCGGCAAGCAGAGCAUCGAGGCAAAGGAAAAUACAUUCUUUAGGCGAUGCCCUGCCCCGAUCUCACUGUUCAAAGAACCGGAUAUUGACCCUUACCCAACUUAUUUGGGAUAGAGGCUUUCGAGGGUUUUACAAAUACAGUACUUGUACAACUUUUGGCUAAAUUCGCCUUAGGUUCAUUUUUGCUAUAUUAUAAUACUUUGGCAAAUCAAUACCAAGACCAUAAGUUAACCUCUUCGGAAGUGCACCUACUCAUUCCUAUGUAAACCCCAGAUUGGUUAGCUAUGUAUGUUGGAAAUGUACCAAACUAAAAACUCAAUUGCCUUGUUCUUUAUAUAUACACACACAACUUUUACAACUUAAUCUUAUACUUAUUCUUAUUAUACGGUGUACUUAACUUAACCCAAUUGUAAAUUCAAUUUACACUCUCUAUUUACAAGUAAAUAGAUUUGGCUCUAAUUCUACACGCCCCUAAACACCCCACUAAUCCUUGCUAAAAUGUGAGACAUUUAUUUACACGAGGCGAGCGAAAUGGGCAUGGGAAUUCGAAUUCCAGGUGACGCUUUGGCUUUAAAGUGCUUUCUAGUAACAGUUCGUCUGCAUAGCUUUAACACAACCGAAAAAAAGUUAAUUGGGUGCGGCAGUUGCUUAAAUUAGAAAAACUGACUGGGAAGGGAAAAUCAGGUAGAAUUUAAAAUAGUGCUUGCGAUAUUCAUAAAACAGUUCGCUUGGUCCGUAUGAAAUCAAGAGACGCCUCAACCAAAGCUUAGCUAUGCCGAUCCAUUGCCCUUCAUACGGUUGGUUUUGUAGAAUUCUAGGGCUUGUCAUGAAACUUGGCGAGUACUUAUAGUGCUCCGGGGGAACUGUUGUACGCGAAGCAUAAAGUAAUGAGAUCAUUUAGUGCUUUAGGACAAAUGGUUUACAAAACGAAUUGUACUUGUAUAGAAGCCACCACAAACCAAACAAAAUGCUAAAAGUAUAAAAAUAUAUUUUUAUGCAUAAACGCUUUGCCUUAAAACAACAAAACAAACAAGAACAACAUAUUUAAAUACAGAAAGAUAAUUUCUUUUAAAAAGUUU